AUGGUACCCGACCGCGGGCCGACAACAUCGGCCGUCACCAUUGUAAUAACGAUCCUGGCCACUCUUUUCGUCGUCGCUCGGUUUUACACAAGGAUUUGGCUGGUCAAAUCCAUCAAACAAGACGACUGGUGGAUACUGGCAGCGUGGGUGGUCGCAGUGGGAUUCUCUGCCUCGAUAUGCAUUGCCGUCAAGUAUGGUCUGGGAAAGCACAAGGACAAUAUACCCGACGAUGUAUUCGACUCGCUACGAAAGGCCGAAUAUGCAUUCUCGAUCUUGUACAACCCGGCUCUCAUGCUCACCAAGACAUCCAUCCUCAUAUUCUUCUUGUCGGUCAUGUCUAGGGACGCCGAUCCCAUCUUCAAAUGGUGCAAUUGGUUGACUCUAACCGUGGUGAACGCCGUUGGCGCUGCUCUCACCUUUUACAACAUCUUCCAGUGUCGGCCAGUCGCUGCUGGCUGGGCCUAUCCUAGGCCGACGGACGCCAAAUGCACCGACAUAGUCACCUUAUAUCUGUCGUCCGCUCCUGUCAACAUCAUCACAGAUAUCGCUCUUUUGAUGUUACCGAUGCCAAUUCUCACAAAGAUGCGACUUCCUCUCAAGCAGAAGAUAAUCCUGGUCUUGACUUUCAGCGCCGGAGCUUUCGUGACUGCAGUAGACGUCGUGCGGAUCGCCUAUCUGCAGGAUGCAGCGCUGAAUCGGCUCAAGCUUGUCAAGUCAGAUAGCGGUUCAAGCAGUCGCAUUGUCGAGGAGAACGACUUCUCUUGGUAUGCCAGCUUGAGCUUCAUGUGGUCGGCCGUCGAAGUUUGCACGGGAAUCAUCUGCGCAUGUGUGCCUAGUUUGAAACCUUUGUUUUUGCGGUUUCUGCCACGUCUAAUCAGGGACAUUGGAGAUACGCAGACACAAGACAGCAGCGUCAACCUCCCAACUUCCAACCUACCAAGGGGCAAUAUCUCGAUGGUCAAUAAUCCGGCUGCAUUCCGGCCACCCACCACGAAAGAGUACUGUGGGGACGACGAGGGAGAUCGAAUGGGGUUUCUUAAUAUGCUGGCCAAACCUCCGGAUGAAAAUAUGGCUCAGCUCUCUCGGAUGUCUACUAGCAUGUCACGGAGGAGUAACGCCAGAACAGCCACGUCCGAUUUCGGGUUCGUCAAGAUGUACAAGAGCAGGAACAUGCUCAAACUUACAAACAGAGAGAGCGUCUGGCCCGUUGCUGUCAUAACAGUGAUCUUCUUCUUGUGGGGGCUGGCAUACGGAUUUCUAAGCACUCUCAAUUCGAGGUUUCAGCAGAUCGCCAACCUUUCUUCUGGCCAAGGAGUAGGCCUUCAUUCUGCGUAUUUUGCGGGUUAUUUGGUCGGCCCACUGACCUUGGGACGUUUCAUCAUCAAGAGAUAUGGCUUCAAAGCUUCGAUGAUCACCGGUCUCUGUGUUUACGGUUGCGGCACUCUGGUUUUCUGGCCGUCAGCAGUGCUGACUUCGUAUUCCGCCUUCGUUAUCUCGAAUUUCCUAGUUGGGAUGGGCCUUUCGUGCCUCGAAAUUGCCGCCAAUCCGUAUACGACUCUCUGCGGACCUCUGGAGUAUGCUGAAGUCCGCCUGAACAUAUCGCAAGCUUUUCAAGCCAUCGGGACGGUUUGCUCACCACUGCUGGCGACCAAGGUCCUCUUUGACAAUGUACUCAACGCUCCUUCGCUUGUCAACGUUCAAUGGACAUACCUAGGAAUUGCUAUCUUUGAUUUUGCCCUCGCAGUGGCCUUCUACUACAUUCCUCUUCCCGAGGCAAACGAUGAACAACUCGAGGAGCUGGCCGACCGUCGAAGUGCUGCUUAUAGCGCCACUGUUGGUCCCUGGAAGGUCGUCUACGUUACUCUCGGCAUAGGUGUGUUCAGCCAGUGGUGCUACGUGGGGGAACAAGAAUGCAUUGGCGGCAGCCUACAAGCCUUGAUCCAAUUAGUCAAACCACGAACUGAUGUGACUUCUUUUGAUCUUGCGACCAUAGGGCACACGGUGUUCAUGGCGGGUCGAUUUCUGACGGCAUUUCUCGACUAUCUGUUCAAGCCUCGGUUGGUUCUCACGGGCCUUUACGUAGGUCUCAUCACCUGCUUAGCCCUUCAAAUGCACCUAGGUGCAAACAGUGCCGCAGCCGUUGGGUUGCUCUCAUUCCUCUUCGAAUCGGGGAUUUUCAGCAACACAUAUGCUACUGCAAUGCGUGGAUUGGGAUAUCACACCAAGACCGGGUCGGCUCUCAUGACGGCGGCGAUUUCCGGAGGUGCGGCGUUUCCUCCUAUCAUGUGGGCUGUGGGCAAUGGCCACGGUUUACGAUACGCAUAUUGUGUUCCUCUAACCGCGGCAGUGAUUGGGGCACUCUUCCCGGUCUACCUCAACUUGGUGCCGGCCGCUAGAGUCCAGGUGGACCCAGUCUACAAGUCAAAGACGCAACGAGCAUUGCCAGAGCUUGCUGACCAAGAAAGUUCGAAAUUCAACGACGGAAGCCGAAAACAUGCACUUGGGAGCAUACUGGCGACGCGUGAGAAGUCACAGCGGUCGACUGGGUCUUCUGCUCUGGAUGUCGGCCCUCGCCCUCAAAUUGAACACGUCGAAAAACAUGGCAGCAGUGAUCGUACCAGCAGCCCAAUAUCACCUGUGUUGACCGUGGACUUUGCAGACGAAAAGAUCCAACUCGACAAACCAGCACCACUUCAAAUACGUCCGUCUAGGGGCUAUGUUGGAGAGCUACCGCUUUGGCCGACCGACGAAGCAUCUGAAGCGGGCAGUGACACCAAAAGUGGCACUGAGGUGCUGCCACGCAGCCCUUCUAAUAUCGGAAAUGAUGAUUCGGACAUUAUUCGCCGGCACCGGCCACAUUGGGCAGGAAGACACGAUGACCACCUGGAUGAUUAUCAUGCCAUGAUGAAAAAGAUUUGAAAAAGGCUUCGACAUGCUGGGGAGUCCUCUUGCUUGCUCUGAUUUGCUGCGUUCAAGCGAUGUUGAAUCGCAUAGUGUCAUGUGUACGCGGCAGAUUCAUUAAAAGCCUAACCUGUGCAAUCAGUCUUACAUCAUGUUGGACUUUCCGUCGCAAGAGCCCGACGACCAGCGACUUUUCUAAACAGUGCAGGCUUCUGUUCUGUGGACCGUGAGAAACCCG